AUGGACAAAGACGAAAGUAGUGUCAAACUUGUCGACCUAAUAGGAUGUCCCGACUGCGGGAAAUCCUACCUCCAGAAGAACAUUUAUCGACAUCUAUGGGACCAGCACAAUUGGACGCGUGACGAAUGUCGAAAUUUGGUCCAGCUGAUUCGCUCCGAAAAGCGGGUUUUGAAUGAGAGAUCCACGUAUAGCUGUCGCUGGUGCGGCUCUGCGUACAAAUCCACCCAGGGAUAUAUAAAGCAUCAAUCGGUGAGAAGCAGUUUCUGGCAGAUUUUCGAAAAAACUGUUCCAGAAGUGCCUGAUCAACGUGGAGAACGAUGAGCCAGGAAAAGAGCAGACGCUUCAGAAACCAAUGCCCGAGUUGAGAGGCAAGGUAAUGGCCGGAGAACACUCGAAUCGCUACCGAUCUUCCUACACUGUUUGUCCGGAACCUUCGUGUGGAGUUAAAGUAAGUGAUUAAAAAAAGGUUAGCUAUAUAGAUGAAUUUUCAGUUACAAGUAGACUCCAGUGACGAGCUGGUCAACCAUUGCGCCGAAUUUCAUUCUUCGGAUACGCGAAAAUUCGAAAUCGAGCGUCAGAUUUUUCAAACUUAUGAUGCUUUCAAGGUUCGUUUUUGGAUAACUUCUGAGAAAACAGCUUCCUGAAUUGUUUGAAGAACUUUAUGAACUUAUUCUUCCAGAAAUGGUUCGACCAGCGUCAAGAAGAUUCCUGCACCUCCCUGACGAAAAGGACAGGUCAUCGCGGAGAAACUUUGUAUAGGUAGAAUUUUCUUCUCUUCUCGUUGGUUCGAGCUUUUUUUGUUCAAUAACUCUUUUUGAAAUUUGUUGAAAGGUGACUGUAUGACUUGAAAAAGCUUUGAGACUAUACUUUUUUGAUUUUAUAAAAAAAACGUUAAAAAUAAAUUUUCAAGAUGCCACAUGAUUGGAAAGUACUCGAGCGUCGCCAAGAAACGAAAGUCCAAUCCUCGAAAAAUCGACCAGUCUUGUACGGCCUUUCUGAAGGUAACUCUAUUUGAACAAUCAGAAUUUGUCAGGUUUCUUUUUAGGUUUACACAUACAAAGAUGGUACCACCUACGCGUCCGGCUGCUUCCAACACAUUGGCCAUGAGCUUAAUCACAAGUUGUUGUGGCUGACGGAGACCCAGGAAAGCUAUGUCAAGGUGGGGGUUUUGAGCGAAAUUUCAGUGUUGAUUGGUAAAAUCUUGGCGACUAUUGCAAGAGCCCUAGCGGCGUCUUUAAGUGAUCAUUAAUGGAAAAAGCUAUACUUCAGUGACCACUUAGAUUGUCCCACUUAUGUGACCACUUACUUCGGGCGUUUAAAGGAACAUAGGUCGAAAUUAAGAUAAUCAGAAACAUCAUUGCAAUGGCUCUACCGGCGUCUUUAGUGGUAAUUUAAGAACAAAAAAAGAGCCUCCACUUGAGUGACGCCUUGAAAGGUUCAAAAAAGAUUGAUCCGACUAUUAAAGGGGCAUAGGACGAAAACAAACUAUUUUUCAUGGAUAAUAAUAUAAUAACUUAUAGAAAAUGUUUUUAAAUAAUGAAUUUACGAUCUAAAAAAAACCAGUUCAGGAGUUGAUUGACCGCGGCUUCACGUCGGACCAAAUUUAUCACUACAUCCGACAAGAGUACGAGAACUACGAGUGCAAACUGAAGUACAUUUCGAAGAAUGACAUCCGGUUAGCUCCUCUAAGCUGAAAUAAGUGAAAAUCCUUGAAAUUCCAGCAACAUUGCCGUCCGACACAAGCGCCUGAAGGAGGUGAAAAUGGAAGAAGAGGGAGAAGAGGACGAGGAAGAUGAUCUGCAAGAAGACGAUGAGGAAGGCCCCAGCAGCGCCAAGAAGCCCCCGGCCGUCGAUGUCGAACCGGCUGUGGAAGGAUGCUCGAAGGGUGAAGACGUCCUGAGCGAAUCCGUCGUCGAGUUUCCGACCAAAGAGCCCGCUUCUGAAGCCGCCGACGUCAAAGAAGAAGUCGAGGAGGCGGAAUCAGAGCAGCCGGUUGUUGUCGAGGCGGCAGAUGUAAAUUGUUCGUGA